GCCAAAAUGGUGCCUUUGAGGAGCGAGCUCAACGCCUUAUUCGAGAAAAGGAUGGAAGAGAAAGAGGCGAGGAUUAACCAACUAACUGAGGAGCUGAAUGCUGUGAAACAGAAGAUGAAGGAGAGAGAGGAGCAUGUGAGGCAUCUGGACCAGAAUGUGGUUGGUUUGCGAGCUACACAAGACUCUCUGAAGAGAACCUUGGCUAUGAAGGAGAAACACACACAACAGCUGGUCCAAGACAACGCACAACUCAGAGAAAGCCUGACCUCGCUGCAGAGCAAAUUACAAACCAGUGAGUGCAUGUUGAGUGACAUCACUGAGACCCUGGAUCAGACCAAAGGCAGUCUGAACGUAGAGAGACAGCAGAAGCAGCAGAUCCAGGACCAGUUGCACCAUGGCAACAAAGAGGUAGAGCGUCUUCAGCAGGAACUGAGUCAUGUGCAUCGCACCACUGAAAAAAAGGUUGGACAUCAACUGUAG